CCUGGAAAACAUACAUUUGAGACGUAAAGGAGGAUGGGGAAGACAUUCCUAGUCGCAAGCGCGGUCAUCGUCUUCGGCGCAUACAGUGUUUUCGAUGCUCACGGAAAGGAAGACGACCGCGAAAGGAUGGUCACAGAUGUGGUCAAGCGCAACGCGAGCCUCUUCCGGUCCUAUGGCUGCUAUUGCGGAAUCGCCGGACUUGGAAGAGGCGAACCAAAGGAUUACAUUGACGUAUGCUGCCAGAUGCUGAACUGCUGCUACGAGGUUUUGAGGCAUUCCAGGUGCGAUGCCAGAACCACCAGCUAUACUUACGUCUAUGACGGUGACAACGUCGAAUGCC